UUAUGGUCGUUGGCACAGCAGCCCUCGUCCCCUUUCUACACGAACGCAGGUGCGGGGUGGCGGCGCAACACAGAUAAUCGGGAAACAGAGCGGAACUCAGAUGAAGCAAAGUACAGCGGAAGGAUAACACUGUGGGCGUCUGAGAAGGUGUUCGUUGGGCCCGAGAAGGCUGCUUGCGAUUGCCGGUGUUUUUCGAACAAGGAAGGGGUUGACCAAUUCAGUAAUAUUGGUGUUUAAAGUCUUUCCAGAAGAAAUGGCGGCAUGUGUUGCAUCAAAAUGGUCCAUGGCUGUUGGCCGCUCAUUGCUGGGGAACCUAAGCAACAAUAAACUUGGGUCUCUUGGCAAACCUCAUGAUAUAACAAGCCUCGGGUACAGUGGUCUCUUCUUUCAGCUCAGAACAUUCAUUCAGAUGAGGACAAAAUUAAAAGUUGUUGAUAACUCUGGUGCAAAGUGGGUUAGGUGCAUUCAAGCUUUGAAAGGGAGGAAGGGGGCACGAUUAGGUGACACUAUAAUUGCAUCAGUUCAGGAAGCACAACCUCGUGGUAAAGUAAAGAAAGGAGAGGUGGUAUAUGGCGUUGUUGUCCGUGCAGCCAUGCAACGAGGACGCUGUGAUGGAAGCGAGGUUAAGUUUGAUGACAAUGCUGUGGUUCUUGUAAAUAAGCAGGGAGAGCCGAUAGGGACCAGGGUUUUUGGCCCAGUACCUCAUGAACUCAGAAGGAAAAAGCAUCUUAAGAUUUUGACUCUGGCCGAACAUAUUGCUUAAUGUGGUAUGCAGAUCUUUGAGGAAGUUUUUUCUAUUGAAAUUUACGAGUAUAUUGAACUUCA